AUGUCGAAAAUGUCGUCUGAUGGAGAAUCAACUCAGCCUUUCAGCGACUCUUCCGAGAUGCAACGACGCCUGGACCGAAUCGCAGCUGAAUACCAGAAAACAGGAGAACGAAGCGGCGUUGUACAGCCAGGAUUGUCGGCUCCUGGCGAGGACCACCUGGGACGAACUUGCGGGCUAAAGGCCGAAGAAAGAGCAACACAAGCGGCCGCCAGCGUGACGGUCGCUGAAUUAACCGAAGCUCUUACUAGUGCUACACUCGCUUCGGCACCGGACGCCCGGCUUGUUCUCGCUUGCCCCCACUGGCCGAGAGGCGCCGAUCCAGCAAGUGUCCGGCUUGCAGAAAGUGCUGACGGUUGGGACGUGGUGGGUGUAGUGCAACGCACACACGAUGUGAACUUCACUAUUUGUCUCCCCUUCUACGACGACCCUUACGAGCUGCCCUCGCGACGGGCCAUACCUCACUACCUCCGUUGCAUACUGUACUAUGAACCUGCCAACGACGACUGCGUGUUGCUCAACCAAUCCCUCACAGACAUCUACCUGAUUCGUCUGGGUUCGACAAUGUGUCGCGCGCGUAUGUCAUACGAUCAAACUCACAUCAUCAGGCCUGGUCUGUGGAGGAUUCUAGCCGUUGGUAGCAACAAUAUUGCAGAGCAGCACCUGGUCGAUAUUUUGAUCCUUCGAAGACGAUUCUCCGUCUCUAUACAUAAGGCUCCGGCCGAAUCGCGGACAUCUACCAAACGCGCGGCUAGCGACGAAGAGGAAGCAAACGCGAAACGCCAAAAGAGAAAUGGGGACGUGACAGAUAUUAUCCUAGCCUCGACAGCGACUCCCGCUCAAAUCCCCAUCGCUAGGGCUCCCGGAGCUAGCACGCCGCUGGACCUGAUCCCCAAGUCCGCUAAGUGCAUCGUCCGCACCAGAGGUACACCACUUCUAGACUUUGCAGAUGGGGAAUCAGCGACCGUUGUGGUUGCACAACCCACUACUGCUAGCACUGCGAGCGCUUUUCCGCGGCCCGACCCAGUUGGCGAAGUAAACAACAGAGGUGCGGUUACCUACAAACUGGACCGGCUUGAGGAAAUCACCAAAACGCCAUCAGCCAGCUUGUUCACUGCCAGACACUCGGGAUUGCUAGGAAGGAUUGUUGUUAAAGUCACCCGAUACGAGGGAAAGGAGACCAGGGAACUCAUUCGGUGCGCGGGGAUUUGGCAACGAGAGAAAUGCUUCCUGGAAAAGUUACAUCAUGAAAGGAUCGUAUCGCUUCAGGCCUUUGACGGCCGUCUUCUCGCAAUGUACGAAGAGCACCUUCCCCCGUCACUUAGCCGCGGCAUCAACUCUCCGUUUUCGGCUGCGGACGCCUACGCGAUUCUCCGUGAUAUGUCGUCCGCCUUGACAUAUCUGUCGUCUCGACAGGUCCCGGUGAUCCAUAACGACAUCAAACCAGCCAACAUCGCCUACUCUCCCCAACGAGGCGCUGUCCUACUUGAUUUCGGUUUGGCUAUGUACAGCCGAGAAAAGCACUCAACAGGUGGCACGCCGUGGUAUAUUCCUCCAGACCUUAUCACCGAAGGGACGCGUGGCGCACCAGGCGACAUAUGGGCUUUAGGCGUCACGAUGCUCUACGUGGUGGGAAAGAUCAGCCUUCCUGAAAAGACAAGAAAGAGCUGGCUAAUCAGGGAUCUGAAAUCCCGAGAUAACGUAGCCCUGAGACGCAUGAUGGAUUGGCUUGGUUUUGUCUCUCGCGCUAGGGAAGGUUUGAGUCGUAAUGAUGAGAUUGAAGGCCUCGUCUAUCGGAUGUUAGAGCCUAAAAGCAAGCUUCGAAUCCAAGCUGGGCAGAGUGCUGUCGAGUUCCGCCAGACACCGUGA